AAAGUCUUUGUUAGGGUUCUUUAUUUUUAAAACAAACAGUAACCAGGAAAAAAAAAUCAAAUCAUCGAUACAAUCUUUGGAAUGGAUUUGAGUAUUGCUUAAUAAAGUUUUGAUCUUUUGGGGUUUGUUCUAAAAACAGAGAAUUUUGGGGAUUGUAUAUAUUGAGAGGUGAUAAUGAUACCGGAACUAGGGAGAAGACCGAUGCAUAGAGGUAACGAAGAUUCAUCUUUUGGGGAUGAUUAUGAGAAAGAGAUUGGAGUAUUACUUGGUGAGCAGCAGAGAAGGCAAGUAGAAGCUGAUGAGCUUGAGAGAGAGCUUAACUUGUAUAGAAGUGGCUCUGCCCCACCGACUGUUGAUGGUUCUGUUAGUGCUGCCGGAGGGCUUUUUAGCGGCGGAGGUGGGGCUUCUUUAUUGGAGUUUGGUGGAGGCAAUAAGGGUAAUGGGUUUGGUGGUGAUGAUGAGGAGUUUAGGAAAGAUCCGGCUUACUUGUCUUAUUACUAUGCUAAUAUGAAGUUGAAUCCGAGGUUGCCACCGCCUUUGAUGUCUAGGGAGGAUUUGAGGGUUGCUCAGAGGCUUAAAGGGAGUAGUAAUGUUUUAGGUGGUGUUGGUGAUAGGCGAAAAGUUAAUGAUAGUCGAUCUUUGUUCUCUAUGCCACCUGGUUUUGAGGCUGAGAAAACUGGUGCUUCUGCUUCUGAGUGGGAUACUAAUGGGUUGAUUGGUUUACCGGGUUUGGGGCUUGGAGGCAAGCAGAAGAGUUUUGCUGAUAUCUUUCAGGCCGAUAUGGGGCAUGGACAUCCCGUCGCUCAGCAGCCCUCACGUCCUGCAAGUCGUAAUACCUUUGAUGAAAAUGUUGACUCUAAGAAUAAUCUGUCUCCAUCUGCAUCACAAGGCAUUGGUGCACCAUCUCCAUACAGCUAUGCAGCUGUUCUGGGCUCUUCUUUGUCUAGAAAUGGAACUCCAGAUCCACAGGCCGUUGCUAGGGUGCCUAGUCCCUGUCUUACUCCCAUUGGAAGUGGGAGAGUGAGUUCAAAUGAUAAGAGGAACACAAGUAACCAAAGCCCGUUCAACGGUGUUACAUCUGGACUCAACGAGUCUUCUGAUCUUGUCAAUGCUUUAUCUGGCAUGAACCUGUCUGGCAGUGGCGGGUUAGAUGAACGUGGUCAGGCUGAGCAAGAUGUCGAAAAGGUCAGGAACUAUAUGUUUGGAAUGCAAGGUGGGCAUAACGAAGUCAAUCAACAUAGGUUCCCAAACAAAUCUGAUCAAGCCCAUAAGGCAACUGGCUCGUUGAGGGAUUCACAAUUGAGAGGGCCACAAGGAUCUGCCUAUAAUGGUGGAGUUGGAUUAGCUAAUCCUUACCAGCAUCAGGAUAGUCCAAAUUAUUGUCUCAACAAUUAUGCAUUAAAUCCAGCUGUAGCUUCUAUGAUGGCUAACCAACUUGGGAACAAUAAUUUUUCUCCAAUGUACGAUAAUGUAUCCGCAGCAUCCGCUUUGGGUUUUUCUGGAAUGGACUCCAGACUUCAUGGAGGAGGCUUUGUAUCUUCUGGUCAAAACCUCUCUGAAUCACGUAAUCUUGGCAGGUUCAGUAAUCGAAUGAUGGGAGGAGGUACUGGUCUCCAGUCACAUAUGGCAGACCCAAUGUAUCAUCAGUAUGCUGAUUCGCUUGAUCUUCUCAAUGAUCCUUCGAUGGACAGGAACUUUAUGGGUAGUUCUUACAUGAGUAUGCUUGAACUCCAGAGGGCUUUUCUCGGAGCUCAGAAAUCACAGUAUGGUCUUCCUUACAAAUCAGGGAGUCCUAACAGCCAUAGCUAUUAUGGCAGUCCAACAUUUGGGUCUAAUAUGUCAUAUCCUGGCAGCCCAUUGGCUCAUCAUGGUAUGCCAAAUUCUCUUAUGUCACCUUAUAGCCCUAUGAGACGAAGUGAAGUUAAUAUGCGAUAUCCGUCUGCAACAAGAAACUACUCGGGAGGGGUAAUGGGUUCUUGGCACAUGGAUGCUAGUUUGGAUGAAGGCUUUGGAUCUUCAAUGCUUGAAGAGUUCAAAAGUAACAAAACAAGAGGAUUCGAACUUUCUGAAAUAGCUGGCCAUGUUGUAGAGUUCAGUUCGGAUCAAUAUGGAAGCCGGUUUAUUCAGCAGAAACUGGAGACUGCAACAACGGAUGAGAAAAACAUGGUUUAUGAGGAGAUCAUGCCACAAGCUCUUGACCUGAUGACUGACGUUUUUGGAAACUAUGUGAUUCAGAAGUUCUUUGAGCAUGGACUCCCACCACAGAGGAGAGAAUUGGCAGAGAAACUCUUUGACAAUGUUUUGCCUCUUAGCUUACAGAUGUAUGGUUGUCGUGUCAUCCAGAAGGCAAUUGAGGUGGUUGAUCUAGACCAGAAAAUUAAAAUGGUGAAAGAACUUGAUGGACAUGUGAUGCGAUGUGUACGUGAUCAGAAUGGGAACCAUGUGGUUCAAAAGUGUAUCGAAUGUGUCCCUGAAGAAAACAUCGAGUUUAUUAUUUCAACUUUCUUUGGCCAUGUGGUGACCCUCUCCACUCACCCAUACGGGUGCCGUGUUAUUCAGAGAGUUUUGGAACACUGCCAUGACCCUGAUACGCAGAGUAAGGUUAUGGAAGAAAUCCUAUCCACUGUUAGUAUGCUGGCCCAAGAUCAGUAUGGAAACUAUGUUGUUCAGCAUGUACUGGAGCAUGGAAAGCCUGAUGAACGCACUGUGAUAAUCAAAGAGUUGGCGGGGAAGAUUGUUCAGAUGAGUCAGCAAAAGUUUGCAUCAAACGUUGUUGAGAAAUGUUUGACUUUUGGAGGUCCUGAGGAACGGGAAUUGCUCGUGAAUGAGAUGCUGGGAACAACUGAUGAAAACGAGCCUCUUCAGGCGAUGAUGAAGGAUCAGUUUGCAAACUAUGUAGUGCAGAAAGUUUUGGAGACAUGUGAUGACCAACAACGUGAGCUGAUCCUUACUCGCAUCAAAGUGCAUCUUAAUGCUUUAAAGAAAUACACUUAUGGAAAGCAUGUCGUUGCGCGUAUUGAAAAACUCGUUGCUGCUGGAGGUAUGUAUAUGUUCCUCGAUGAGUCUAAAGUUUGGCCUUUAUCUGCUACAAACCUCCCAAAUUGUCUUUACUGCAUUGAUUUCUAUAAAGAGGAGAAUGGCUUUGCAGUCCCUAACCCAGCCUCAGAUGGCUUAAGGCCUCAAGUAAUGUACAGCUUAACUAGGGGGGAUGGGACUGUCGUAGCGUUUUGAGAGUUAGGUAAGAUCUAAACCGGAAAAUAAUCUGUGGGGAAAUUGUGAAGGAGAGCUUUGUUUUCUCUGCAAAAUCUGUAAAAUUGUGUAGUUGCUUACGGUUUUUCUAUACAUAGAACCAAUUAUCCCUCUUUAGGCUGAUGAGUGAGAGAGAAAUAAGGCAGAGAAUGGUGUAAAGAUGGGUUGAGGAUUUUAGGGUUUCCUUCACACAAAAGAGAAUGGCUUUUUCAUUGCCAAAUGUGUAGAAGUGAGAAUAUGUUCAUGCUUUUAGGACAAUCCCAGUUUUUAGAGUUUUUUCUCCAUCUAUGUAAUUUGUUUCAUCAAACUCUUGUUUUUCUAUUUCACGAGGAACUCUUUUGUUUCUGGUAUUUUGCAAUCUUGUUGUUUAUAUCAAUCAAGUUGAUUGGUACACAAUAAACAUAUCCUAGAUGU